AUGGCCGAUCCAUGUGAUAUUAUAGUGGAUGGCGUUAUUCGUAAAUUGCUAAGCGUACAGGAUAAGCCAACACAGACUGAAGUUACAGACAUUACCACGGACGAAGUGCUGUUACUAUGUCGCAAAGCUCGGGUGAUUUUUUUAGAUCAACCACCACUUGUGGAGGUCCCAGCGCCAAUGAACAUUUGCGGCGAUACACACGGUCAGUAUUCUGAUCUCCUGCGAUUGUUUGAGAUGGGGGGCUUCCCAAACGAGCAGCGAUACCUUUUUUUAGGGGAUUACGUCGAUCGUGCUAUGCAGAGUAUUGAAACAAUCUGCUUGCUUUUUGCGUAUAAAAUCAAGUAUCCAGAUCAAUUAUAUCUUCUUCGAGGGAAUCACGAAUGUGCUUCAAUAAAUCGCAUAUAUGGCUUUUACGAUGAAUGUAAACGUCGCUAUUCUGUUAAGGUCUGGCGCAUAUUUGGUGAUUGUUUUAAUUGUAUGCCAAUCUCAGCUGUAGUAGCAGGAAAGAUAUUCUGUACGCACGGAGGUCUUUCACCCGACUUAUACACUUUGGAUCAAAUUCGAAACAUUCGUCGGCCGACAGAUGUACCAGAUGAAGGAUUAUUGUGUGAUUUGCUUUGGUCAGAUCCCGAUCCUGAAAGUCAAGGCUGGACAGAGAGUGAUCGGGAGCGCAUCAAGUCGUCUCGGAUGGUUACGAAUUCUUUGCUGAACGAAAACUCGUGA